UCCUGAUUUCAUUCAUCAAUUCAUCAUUCUCAUUUCCUGCUUCUUCCAAGCUAAGUAGGUCCUGAUCCACUACGACAAGCGCGAGGAUAGUGCUCUCCAGUAAUAGUGUUCUUGGCUGCUACUAUAAGGAGAGUUUAGAUCAUUCGAGCAAUUUUAGUCUGUGAUUUCUUGUGACAUCCAACUUCAUUCCAGCAGCUCUAUUUCUCUGCUUUCGUCGAUUGAAUUGCAGUUUUCUUUGUAUUCUUGAGAGGCGAAUCAUGGAGUUUCCGGAUCUUGGUCAAAACUGUGCAGAACUAACUUGCAGAAAACUAGAUUUUCUUCCUGUUAAAUGUGAUGCCUGCAGCAAAGUGUUCUGUCGUGAGCACAUGACGUAUGCUACUCAUAAUUGCCCUCUUGCUUACACAAAAGAUGUCCAAGUUCCAGUUUGUCCACUGUGUAAUCAGCUUAUUCACACACCACGAGGGACACAGCCAGACGAGUCUGUUGGCAGACAUAUAGAUAAUGAUUGCCGUUCGGAUACUGCCACCUCACGAAGAAAGGUGUUUGUCAAUAAGUGUUCUAUGAAAAAAUGCCGCGGAAAAGAAAUGAUACGAGUUCUCUGCACUGAGUGCAAACAGAACUUCUGUUUGAAACAUCGUCAUCCAGCAGAUCAUGAAUGUAAAGGCAAACCAGUUCAAGCAUCUUCAUCAUCUCAGUACUUUUCUAAAGCAGCGGAAGCAGCAAUAGCAAGAAUGACGAACAAACUGAGUAUUUCUUCUACAAGUUGUCGUGGAGAAGCUAAUGCAAAAUCUGGAAAUGGUAUGGAUAAGAAUAGGCAAAUGGAAGAAGAUGAAGCUCUAGCAAGAGCCAUCGCACUAUCAGAACAAGAAUAUUCUCAAGGUAAUCACCCUACACGAAAUGGGAAUUGUACUGUUUCUUAACUAUUGAAUAUCUUGAACUCUGGUUUUUUCAAAACUGCCAGUCCGAAAAAAACAUCAUUCCUUAAAACAAGUUCUCUCAAUGUAUAUUGAUUUUUUUCCUGCACAAUCUUAUGGGGUCAUUCAAAUGUGAAUUGUAAUUAUUAUAUAGCCAAAACUACUUUCUCUUUGUUAAUCUUUUUUAUCGUCAGGAUUUUCUCGCAUUUUUAAUCGUUCAUUCUCCAUCAAAAAAUGGAUUUGCCUGUUGUUCCACUAAACACAUAUCUAAUACAGAUGUUCCACAAAAAAAAAGUAACUGAAAUUAUUUUUUAUAUAAAAUCCUUUACAACUAGAAGCAUCAUGUCAGUGUUAAUUCGUCACAAUGAAACUCUUCAUUAAGUAAAGACUUAUUAAUUUUUUUUCAUUACAUCUCUGCAUAUUAAAGGUGAAUUACAAAACAAGAAAUAACUUCUGGUACAGGUCUAUAAACCUCUAGUAACUGUGACUUUCAUAAAUAUGUUCACAACAGGGAUAUUGAUGUAACUUUUAAAUAAUGCGUGAAAUUAUGAUCUUUCAUCUCUGAUUCUCUUCUUCUCCUUCAUAUGCCCAAUCAUAUUCUUUGCAGUGACCUCUAGUUAAAGAGUGAUUUUGAUUUCUUCCGAAUCCCUUUCUCCGUAUUAUUUUAAGAAGUUCAUGGAAGCAAAAGAUUUUGUAGAGUGUUGAAGUGAUGAAAAUAUCUUCCUUGGCCUCAUUUUAAACACUCAUAGAGUGUGAUUAUCAAAUAAAAUGGAAUGGAAUUAUCUUGAAGUUACAUGCACCUUUUUUAAAGGUCAGUGUGUUUCUAUAGAGUCUUACCUUUGACCACCUUCCUCUUUAAUCUCAAAUACUUUCUUCCUACAACUUUUUUCAUCAUUUUUCGUGCACUUAAUGAAUGAAUCUCAAGAACUUUUGGCUUAUAAUUUCUGUCAAUUUUUCCCUUUGCAUACAGUGGACCACAAUAAUUUCCAUGCAUUUAAUUUUAAACAAUCGUAUGAAUUAAUCUUGGGUUUAAGUGAAAUCAUAUCUCCCUAGAUUCUCUCUCUUUCGAAGACAUGUUAAAGUAAAGUUUUCUGUAAAUAGUUAUCAGCAUUUAUUCAACUCAAUAAUCUUUGUUUUUCUCAUUCCGAACUCUGUCGGAACUUGAGUUUUAUCAAAGAUUGUUUGUUUUCUAUCGCAGUUUUUCUUCAUCAUUGUUCCCGAUUUUGCAACUACUAAAGUUGCCAAUAAGUUGUUUUCCUCAGCCACUUUUUUCUUGCCCUCUUAAGGGAUUGUUUCUCGAAUCAGGGACAUUUGAAUCAAGGGCAUAACUCGGAUUGUUGAUAAAUCAGCCAGCACACCCUGAAAAAAUAAUGACACAAUCAACAAGAAAUCAAUAUAACUUUUCUACGCCAAAAAUAUUUUCUUUCUUUAAAAAAUUAAUUUCUACCUUGUGAAUCAAUAUUCAGUAAGUAAAGUUACUUCAUCAUUGACCUGAAAUAAAAAAAUGGUAAUUCGAUUCACGGAGGACCCAUUAUCAAUGAUUUGCACCAGCAAUACCACAGUGUUUAAAAUGAUGAUAAAUACUGGUGACCAUCAAAAACGAUCAAAACUCUUCGAUCAACCAGUCUUAAGUUUACAAAACAAUCAUUUCUCCCCCAAUCUUAUCUGUCUCUAUUCAUUCUAUUUUCUAAGAGUUUCAUAAGUUUGGAGCUUGAUUUGAAGUCUCUGACAAAUUCGUGUACUACUUUUCCCGCGAACGCUCAGGGUUUUAGCUAAUCGUUUGUAAUUUAAUAUGUUUCUUUUUUUUUCCCCGCAUAGUCUACAGCUUUACUCUUUCUGCUGUUUGAUUUAUUGAUGGAGUAAAGGAAGAAAUACAUUUGUCUGACAAGUUUAAUUCACAGAAAAAAGUUUAGUCAUCAAAAUUUAAUCGGUUUUAAGCAAAGUUGAAAAGAUAGAGAGGAACUUGAGAGUUCUCAGAAACACUGAAAUAAGGAGAAAAAUACCUUAAAUUCAUCGGUACUCGUUUAAAUUAUUAUGAACUUAUCUGUCUUACAAAAUGUGUUGGCAAAGUUUAUUCUGUAUCUUUUCAGAAAAGAAAAGGAAUGUAGAAAGAAACAUUCAUUGUACCAUGAACAAUGUAUUUUAAACUAAUUGUCACUUUGUUACUAUUUCAUCAAUAUUUUGCACUAUCGUUUGAUACAGUUUUUGAAUUUCAAGCUGUAUUUCUUCCUUUUUCCAGGUGAUAUCUCGAUAGUUAAAUAAUUUUAUUGCUUUAAAAGUACUCUGUGAUUUGAGUAUUUUAAUGGUAUGUUUUUUUUUAAAGUUUAGGCAAUAUUUUUAUUUUUAGCUAUUGUUCGUACGUGCACAUCAGUGACACGAAAUGAUUUCUACUAUUACUUGAGACUUAUUUUAUGGCAAUGAAGGGAUAGUCGAACACCUCAUCUUAAAGUCUAAUAAAAUCUUGUCAGUAAGAUCUUAUAAAUUGCUUGCCCUAUGGAUGAUGUUGUUUAUUUGGGGUAUUGUCUAUAGUCCUUAUCAAUGCUGCUGUCCUCUUAAUGUUAUUCAGUUCUCGCCAAGAAAGUGUUACAUUUCAAUAAAAAAUUGAGGAACCUACUCUCUUUUCAUUGUUUCUGAUAUUUGCUGUUCUUUUUGGUUUUGAAUUUAGAAUACUAAAUAAUCAAUGAUUGCACUUACAGUAAACCAUUAUGCUUCAAAUAUUUCAAUUAGGUAUUUUUCAUGUCACAUUCCAUUCGCAGCCUCUAUGUCAUUACGAGCACAACUAAUAAUAAGCCUCCUUAUUCUGUAUUUGCUGUUUCAAUAAUUUAUAUUUUAAUGUAUGUUAGCCUUGGAUUUUGGUCUUACUUUUGUGAUUUCUAUUUUUCUGAAGACUAUCUUAACUGAAUAAAACAUAUUUCUGUUAAAAUA